ACGCCAUGAGUACUAGAGAGAGAGAGAGAGAGAGAGAGAGAGAGAGAGAGAGAGAGAGAGAGAGAGAGAGAGAGAGGGAGAGAGAGAGAGAGAGAGGAGAGAGAGAGAGAGAGAGAGAGAGAGAGAGAGAGAGAGAGAGAGAGAGAGAGAGAGCUAUGAAGACUCUCUUCUUCACCCCUAUUCUUCCAAAAAAAAAAAAAAUAGCACUUGGCAAGCUCUCUGGUUUUGGCGGCCGGCUCGAUCUUCAUUCGCUCGUGGUGGGCUAAGUGUCAGGCGGGGAAGAUACAGGCGAAGC